UGAAGUCCCAAUGUGUGGGGAAUCUGACCCGAAGAGAUGGACCUAGAACCGACCCGCUCGGAUGCUUUAUAAAAGACGGUUUGGCUAAUGACACCCUAGAUGGUCUUACGAAAAUAGGUUUUCACGACCCAUAUACAGACAGAGACAAAGUUCUAAUGGACCCAGGGCUGUGUAUAGACUUUUGCGCCAACUACCUUUUUACCUUUAGCGCUCUAACCAAGGGGACACAAUGUCGAUGCGGAAAUCAAGAUGGUCUUAAGGCGUACAUUAAAACUAGUAAUUCAUCUUGCAGCACCCCUUGUGUUGGUAAUAGUUCAUAUGUAUGCGGUGGAGAGGAAGCAUACACAGUUUAUGCUGCCACCUUAGAUUCAAAUAAAAUCCCUCUAGGUGGAUUACCUACAAUCGAAAAAAAAAAAGAUAUCUUAAAAAAUCUCAAAAACGACAUUAGGUAUAUGGGCUGUUUUAAAGACAGCCCAUAUUGCAACGUUAGAAUUUUAAAUGAUACUACCCAUGACGAAAAAGAUCAUAUGACAGUGGACACAUGUUUGGCCUAUUGUAGUAAAAAAAAUUUCACAUACGCAGGGUUAGAGGUAGCAACUCAAUGUUUUUGUGGCAAUUCUUAUGACAGCUUCACAGCUCUCAGUUCGGAAGACUGUGGUUCGAGUUGUGGUGGAAACAACUCCCAACUUUGUGGAGGACCUUUGGCUUUGAGUAUUUAUGAAGUACUCACCAAUCCUGUGGCUUCUAAUUCGUCUUCGUCUUCGCUAUCAGGUGGCAUUAUCGCAGCCAUUGUCCUUGGUGGCGCUUUUUUCCUUCUUUUUCUGAUCGCUUUUAUAAUUAUAAUACGGAAAAAGAUGACGAGAGAUAAUGAAAGUGAACAAGUGAAGGUUAGUGAGGGAUCAGCACAUGAAAUACGAUCUAAAUUCUUCUGCUAG